GGCUUUAGUGGUUUUGAGUCUUUCGACCAAAUACCAGAACCAAAAGUAAACAAAGACAGGCUGAGUACUGCCGCAGUACUUCUACGCUGUCAAAAUAGCAGAGUGAUUCUGAAGCUCAGUCCCACCAUGGCCAAACCUCGUCGCUCUUUCUUCUUCUUCUUCUUCCUCACAACAACCGUACUGCUUUUCUCGCUAUCGCUGUCUCUCCUCCUCCAAGCCACUCCAACCCAUCAACACCAAGACCCACAAGAAGGUGACACUCCCAUCACUCGCUUCCAAAACUAUCUCCGAAUCAACACCGCUCAUCCUUCCCCAGAUUACCCUUCCGCCAUAGCCUACCUCCUUUCCCAAGCUCGCUCAAUCGGCCUUCUAGCUCGGACCUUCGAGUUCUCUCCCGGUAAACCAGUCGUCCUGUUCACAUGGCCAGGUUCACGACCUUCUCUACCUUCCAUUCUCUUCAAUUCCCACUUGGACUCUGUCCCAGCCGAGUCCUCCAAGUGGGUCCACGAUCCUUUCUCCGCCGUAAGAAAAACAGAUGGGAAAAUCUUCGCCCGAGGAGCCCAAGACGAUAAAUGCAUCGGUAUGCAGUAUCUCGAAGCGAUUCGCAACCUCAAGGAAAAGAAAUUCGAACCCAUUCGAACACUUCACUUUUCUUAUGUGCCCGAUGAGGAAAUUGGUGGCUUCGAAGGGGCUGCCAAAUUCACGGCCUCGAAAGAGUUUAAGGAUUUGAAUGUGGGUUUUGCAAUGGAUGAAGGGCAGGCCAAUCCAGGCGACGAGUUCAGGGUCUUUUACGCCGACAGGUCUCCGUGGAAUUUGAAAAUUAAGGCCGAUGGGAUUCCCGGACAUGGGUCGAGGUUGUAUGAUAAUAGUGCCAUGGAGAAUUUGAUGAAGAGCGUGGAGAUUAUGAGCCGGUUUAGGGAGAGCCAGUUCGAUGUGGUUAAAGCUGGUCGAGCGGCUAAUUCGGAAGUUAUUUCGGUUAACCCUGUAUAUCUGAAAGCAGGGAUUCCUUCUCCAACUGGAUUUGUGAUGAACAUGCAACCUUCGGAGGCAGAAGCUGGAUUUGAUCUCAGAUUGCCACCUACAGCAGACCCUGAUGCUAUGAGGAAAAGAAUUGCUGAGGAAUGGGCACCUGAUGUAAGGAACAUGACCUUUGAGAUAAUUCAAAAAGGACCCAUUAGAGACAUUCUGGGUCGCCCCUUAAUGACCCCAACCGAUGAAUCCAAUCCGUGGUGGUCUGUUUUCAAGCAAGCUAUUACAUCGGUAGGAGGUAAACUUGCAAAACCUGAAAUCUUGGCUUCAACUACAGAUGCACGUUAUAUCAGAGAAUUGGGAAUUCCUGCCCUUGGAUUCUCCCCGAUGACAAAUACUCCCAUCUUAUUGCAUGACCACAAUGAGUUCCUAAAAGAUACUAUAUAUUUGAGGGGUAUUGAGGUAUAUGAAUCAAUAAUCAGCACCUUGAGUUCCUUUGAGGAAGCAUCUCAUUAAAACGCAAUCCAUAUCACGAAGAGUCAAGAGCAUCAUUCGUCCAAACUUCAACCUAACUCCUGCUGCACAGUUUUUCAGGUUUUGGGAAUAAACAAGAAAGGAACUUAUGCCAGUAUCCUUGUUAUGUUGAAGGUUGCGUAGAAUUUACGAUAUGCCAAUAUCCUUUAACAAAUGUAAACUACUGUUUCAUAGAAAAUGCAUUUGUACUUGUUCUAUUAUGUCUUCUGUACGCCCUAUUGGAAUACAAAUUUCAGUCAUUCUAUGGAUUUAAUUCGGUGGCCAUUUACUCUUUUUAACUUUACAAAGACAAUAAGCAAGGCCUUUUAUUUCACUUUACCAUGUUGUAUGAUUAAAGAGGAUUCUUUUUCCAUUAAUAAAGCCAACUUGAAAUGUUUCAA